UGUGAACAGUGAAUUACUGACCUGGUAUUCACAAAGCGAGUGGUGUUUGGUUCUGAGUUGGUCACGGCCAUGUUGAUGCAGAAUUCUGGACGCCUUGCGGCGACGAUUCAUAAGCAAGGAACUUUCCGCGCUUGGUCCGAUAGUGCGGUAUAAUACUAAGUGGUAACUUUUGUGCGAUAUGGCGUCAUGCUUAAAUUCGCUUUAACUGAUUAGUGGACGUACUUGUCUUAGUGAAAGAGUGAUUGGCUCCAUUUGGACAGACAUAAAGAGGAUAAGAAAACAAGAAAACGGAUUUUACAAGAAAGACAGUUAAUGAGGUGGCGCUGAAUGUCACAUGCGUCAUAAUUAUUUAAUCGAAACCAAUUGACUCAGAUAAUGAAUCAAUUAAACCAAACGUAAUUAUGGAAAUAAACAGUAAAAUGCUAUUGUCUCUGAAAAGAACGGAAAGCAUGUACCUGAAAGUGCGCUUUCCGUUGCAAGGAUGGACAAAAUUUAUGCGCUCUUGCAAUUUCCUCAGAAGCGAAAUCGAAGAAGAAAGUAGUGAAGUGCGUUACGGCCGAUAACGACAUGCAAGCUACUUGAAUAUCAAGUGAUGUUAGAAACUCCUUGCUUUUGCAUUGAAAAUCGGGUCAUGAAUAUCUUUUUUUUUUACAUUCUAGUUUUUUAUAAAUGAACUAUUAUUAGUAAACCUAUCGCAUUGUAACUUACCUCGGCGGAGAAAAUAUCCAUAACUAAGUUUUUCCAUAAAGUUACCAGAUGUGACCAAACUGUAGUAACAAUAAAUGAUUUAAUUAUUAAGCUAAAUAUAAUAGCGAUUCAUAAUGAUUUUAAAAUGGUUCUUUCAAUCAAGUACACAAUUGCAUAAGUUUUUUGUUUGUUUUUUUUCUUUCCAGCUGUGAAGGCGUGAUGUGCUGCCUUGCACAACAAGCCUCAGAGAAGAUUGAUCGAACCAGAGCACAUGCCGGAGAAAUUUUCUUAAGUCUUGUUUAUAUGGACAGUCCUUUAUUGCCCCAUAUACCUCACCACAAAGAACUUCUUAAAAUUUUUCCGAGAAAUGAGUGUUUAGAGAUGAAUUGGAGCGCGCCUGCGGAUUGCUUUCCCAGGAUAACGAAGCUGCUAGGUUUGUCAUCAUACAGAAGGUCUGUUCUACUUGGCUUGACCGUCAGCGUUGGAGGGUUGACCGAAUCGUUGGUUCGACACUCCUAUACGUCGCUUCUGAGUUUCUUAAAAGGCAUUAAUGACAGCGAGAAAGAUCUGACUGCAUUUGCUGAGACACUCUUGGACAUUUAUCGAAACAAUGAAAAGAAUGACAGAAUCAUAGUUCCUUUGUUUAAGAUGCUUGAUAUGCUGUUCUCUAAUGGAUGCUUUGAGCUGUUCACGCAGGAUGAAAGCCAUCCAUUUCCUCAGACUGUGUUAACCCUCACAAAGAAAGAGAUCUUCAAACUUGGUGACGCCAGGAAGCUGAUCACGAGUGUCAAUGUCUUUUGCGGCCUGUUGCAGUUUCCAGGGUCGACACGAACGAAAUCUUUCCAGCAACUUUGCAUUUUUCUUUGCCACAAAUACCCUCAGGUUCGGAAAACCACCGCUGACCAAUUGUACGCGGCAGUCCUGACCUACGAUGACAUCAUGCCAGAAGAAAGUUUGGACGAAGUUUCAGUAAUACUUAGCGAAACCUCCUGGGACGCAAGUAUAGAAGAGCUUCGUGUAAUAAGGAAUAGACUUUGCGACAUCCUAGGUAUCCCUCACCCGGUUUUAAAGUCCUCUGCAACAAAAACCUCCGUGCAGAAGAAGAAAGACGAAUUAGAAAGUUACAAAGACCUUGUCAGUCGUGGUUACUGAGUGAGAACGUUUUGGAUUAAACAAGCUGUAAAGAAACACAUUGGGUUUUAUUUGAGUAUCGUCGGUCAAGACAGUUUUCAAACGCACUUCAGAGUUUUCCUUUUAGCGGCAGCUACGAGGAAACUUCACGAUACUGCAAAUGUGGAAGAGCAAAAACAAGAGCUAAUAAUAUGACCUUCAGGACGCGUUGGUUUGAAAAACGUGUAAAAAUUAAUCUAUUGUCUGAUUUAUUGAUUUAUUUUUAUUGCCUUAUUUUAUAAACAGACGAAAAAAAUUAUUUAAAAAGUACGCGGGACAUUUUCGGGUGUAUUGUAAUAUUUCCACAGUAUUGACAUGUAUCUGUUCCGCUUGUACACUUGUUUCAAUUUAAAAAAAAAAAAAGAACUAAGUGAACGCUCCCCUGUGUUGAAAAUGUAAAGAGGUGUUUGUACAGUGCAAUCCUGAUGUAAUAAAUUUGUUCGUUGCUCAA